AACUAGUUGUCUUACCGAUGCACCCAAUACAAACCUCGCCUAAUUAUAAUCGUAUUUAUUUUUACAUGCGUUUCUAUUUGAUAUGUUACGGUAGCUCCAUUGACUGUGUGUUAAACAGGAACUCGGCCAUGUGUUCGUGUUAUUUUCUACGCUGGAGAGUUUUUGCCCUGGAUUUUAAGCCACUCAGAUGCUGAAUAGUCACAGACAAGCGACAUGAUAACACCAGCCUUCGAGCUGAGUCAAGACUCAGACUUCCUUACGCUGGUUAUCCGCGUUCCUUACACAAGGACAUCCGAGUUUGACGUCUACGUCGAAGGAGAGGACUUCAAAUUUUAUGCCAAGCCCUAUUUUCUCAGGUUGACACUGCCUGGACGAAUAAUCCAAGAUGGAAGGGAAAAGGCUUCUUUUGACAUUGAUAAAGGUCUCUUUACAAUGCGAGUCUUUAAGGAGACAGCAGGACAGCAUUUUGAUGGACUGCACAUGCUGACCAGUCUCUUGGCUCCCAAAGGCUCCAGAUCAGCACAACCUUUGGUGGAGGAAAUCGGAGCCUGCAGCACGAGCGAAGCAUGUCAGGAAGAUGAUGAUGAGGAUUUUGAUUGGCAGGUGGAACAGCAGCCGUACGUCGAGUCCUCAGAGGAAGACCUGAGAACAUUGCAGAAAUACGGCUUCGGAAACCUCAGGACUGGGGUUUUCUCUCGACUUCAGGAAGAGCUGUCCGAAGUGAUCGAUGUGGAAGACCCGGAAAACUCCACCCCUGCCAAGAGGAGAGCCGAUCGCUUGAAUUCAGAGACCACCAUAUUCUGUACUGAUCAUUAUCUGUGUGAUUUAUAUGAAGGUGAAGAGAUGAGGCAAGUUCAUCUCAGUUUUAAGCCGUGGUGGAGUGAGCUGAAGCCAGACCUGGAUGCUGAAACUAUUGUGAGUUUCACCGACGAAGAAAAAGAACAGAUGAGAAAGUUCACAAAUCGUUCCUUUGCGCUGGACAAGGCGAGCCGGUACCAUGUCUGGCUCAGUCUAGUGGACAUCAUCCUGGCUUACAUCUACGAUGUGCGCACUACAGAAGGAGAACACAACGUGGAGUCAGCAUGGACUAUCAGAAAAAUCAGUGGGACAUUAAGCUGGCUGGAGACGUAUCACACGCUACACGAGGUGCUAGUGUCGUUCGGCCGCAGGGUGCUGUGUUACCCGCUGUACCGCCACUUCUCUCUGAUCACGACAGCAAUGCAGGACGCCGCUCACAUUUUCCAGGGUGGUAAGGCCUUUGUCCUGAAAUGCCUGCUAGCCAUCCAUAAGAUCUUCAGAUCCAACGAGCCGGCUUACAUCCUUAACGACCUCUACAUCACAGACUACUGCGUUUGGAUCCAGCGGGUUAAGUCCAAGCACAUGGUGGCCCUGGCUGAAGCGUUACGCAAAGCUGAGCUGCACAAGAACGAUCUGGACCUGGAGCUGCAGAUUCUGGAGGAAGCCGCUGAGCUGGUGAUAGAAGAGGAACAGGAGGAGCAAAUAAAGAGUAGGAAGGAGGAGGAGGAGGGGGUGAACAAGCAUAUGAAAGAAUGUGAAGAGGAGGGUGAGUCUAACAGCAGCAGCGAAGAAGAAGAGGAAAACUCCAGCAGCAGUGGUGAUGAAGAAGACGAUCUUGAUAGCAGUGUUCCUAAGAGCGAAGAGGAGGAGCGAAAAAGAGUACCAGAUGAACCGUGGUCCCAGGAGCAUGAGCAUGGAGAAAACCUGAUCGAGCAGCUGGGAGAGAGGCUGGAGGAGGAGCUGAGGAUCAGAGAGGACGUGUCUGAAAUACCCAUUCCCUCCAGCAGCACAGAGAGAGAGCGUGAGGCAGAGGUGGAGGGAUUGAGAAAGACGGUUGAUUCCCAGCUCCCUGUCGCUCUGGAUGGAGUUCAAAUCCCAAAAGCAGCAAGCGACGCAGAGCACCGACAGCGUACCGUACGCAUCUUGAGCACCGAAGAACUGGACAGUGACGACGAGGACAUGCCGACAUCUUCACAGGGAUCUACCGAGCUGAAAUGAUCGUUAAUGGACUGUCAUUUGGUUUGUCUGUGUUGAGAAGUAUAUGUUUGAAUUGAAACAAUUCACACAUCUUUUCUUUUUCUUGAAGUGUAAAAUGGUUGAAAAAAUCAUUUUUGUACUCUGUAUCAAUCAUGUCUCGUAUGAAAGACUUCUUGCCCUGAUUUUGUUUGAUUGAAAUCCUCUAAUGUGUGUUAAAUUCAUUCAAUUACAUUCACCAGCUGUAA